UAAAUAAGAAAAAACUUUUUAAUCUCUCUCUAGAGAAAAGAAAGUCAUCAUCAACUUUCUCUCUCUAACUAUCCUCGGCCUCUCUCUCCUUGGUGUCAUUGGGUAUUAUCAUCAUCAAACUCGUUACAACAACUCACAGAGUCAUACAAUUCUACCCGCCAAUAAUAAAAAGGAAGCUCCUUUUCAAACUUUAUAAAACCCAAUCUAGGGUUUCUCCUCUCGAUCUUCUUCUAGGGUUUCUCCUCAAUGGAUGUGGAUGUUCCGGUUAACGGCAACGGAGGAGAACCAAUGUCUCCUCCUCCUCUUCCUGCGAAAAAGCGACGCUUUAACGAAGAUAUGAACAGAGUGGCGGAGAUUGUGCUGGUUUUGUCGGCGCUGGGGAGGAUGCGAGGAGGGAAAGCCCCGACGGAGAUGGAACUCGAGCUGAUGGUCGAAGCUAGGUCGAAGCUAGCGGAGAUGUGUCAAGAGUUCACUCCUAAGGAUAUCAUCGGGGGCGGUGAUGUUAGAGGUGUGAUUGAAGAUCUGGGUUUGAAUCGUAAUGGCCAGAGAUUAGGUUUCCGAGCUCCUGAGAUCAGUAUCUCCGAGAAGCUGUCUCUUGGCAAAAGAAAGAUGGAAGAAGCAAAACAGUUUCUGACGCCUAUGGUAUCUCACUUGUCACGGCCUAACAAUGGUGUUGCGUCUCCAGGUCUUGGUAAGAGUGUUUCUGUGGCUAAUAAGUGCACUAGUGGUGAAGGUACUGCUGUUAAUCCAGCUGGGAGCCAUCUCAGGCCUAAGAUGGUGCUUAAUGGUGCUGCUCCUCAGGGCACUGGUGUUCCUGCAAAUUACUAUGCUGGAUCCUGGUCUACCCAACCUCAAUCAACCAUAUCACUCGUUUCUGCACCAAGUAAGAAGGUGCCUAUUCAAAGUUCUGUCAGGGUAAGAGAUCCAACCUCUAGGCCAGUCAUGUCUCAAGCUCCACAUGGUACAUUCCCCGUCACAAAUCAGCCGAUGCAGGGAGUGCAAUACGGUCAGACUUCUUCGUUUCAAAACAACCAUAGUGUAGUCGCUAAGAUAGUCCAUAAUGUUCUGCAUCCACGGGUCAAACAGUCUCCUGUGUGGAUUCCACCGUCCAGAGAUUACAUGAGCAGCGCGAUGACAUGCCAGAUGUGUGAAGUUACCAUCAUUGAAGUGGAGACUGUACUGAUUUGUGACGCCUGUGAAAAAGCAUACCACUUGAAAUGUCUGAAGGCGAACAAUUUGAAAGGGGUUCCAAAAUCUGAAUGGCAUUGCUCAAAGUGUGUGCAUGCAGCCAAUGGGAAGCCAUUCCCUCCUAAAUACGGCCGUGCUGUUAAUACGGCUAGUGCAAAGAAGGUUGGUUCAGUGGAUACGAAGGUUAAUCUACAGAAACCAAUUGUAACUACGGGUCCCAGAGUACAAAAUGUUCCUGGCUUUGUUGCUGGAGCAGCAACUACAUCUCGUUCUGUGACUGCUAGUGUGAAUGCAAAUACAACUGCAAUGACCACUAACACUGGGACACAAAGCUUUAAGGAUAGUCUUAUCCGUUGUAGUAAUUCUCCAGCACUGGCAUCUCUUACCAAGACUCCAAAUCGUACAGCGAUUGCAAAUAAAAGUACUGGGAUAAACAAUGGCUUCAUAUCAAAAACUCUGAAACCAGGUGGCACUAUGAGUAGUAGCACUUCUCCAUUGCCUGUUGGUAACCUGGUUCCUGUGAAUGCAAUCUCAAACGCUACUUUGAGUGCGCCAGUAACUUGUAGCCUUGUAGCAGAAGCCCCAUCAGUUACCGGAAAUGGAGACAGCAGCUCAAGCGCCUCUGGUGCUGCUGACCAAUCUAUGCGAAAAACGGAGCUUACAACUCAAGCGCAGGCAUUGACCGUUACUUCAAGUGGCAAUUCUCAACCGGAAGUGUCACAAUCUGAGACUGCAAAACCAACUGAAGAUGCAGCUAUAGGUCAAUCAUUAAAAGCUGAUGAUGGACUCCAAGCUCCUAUGGAAAAUGUUUCUAGGUGUGAGAGUCCAUCAGAGUCUCUGAAUGAUAAAACAACGCCAGUGAACGGCCAAGAAUCAAGCAAGGAUGCCACUGAGGAAGUUGCUUCUGAAACUUGCCAGAACCACUCAACAGAAACCCCAACGGCAGUUGAAUCAGAUCAUGACUUGAAGAUGACUGCCGAACCAUCCAUGCCAAAAGAGAAUCCAGCUUACCAGACAGAGGAAACAGCGUCCCAGCCUCCUUCAGUGUCAUCUAACUGUCAGUCACAAACCGAGAAGGAAACAGCAAAUGCUCGAGAUACUGUACAGAAUGCCCCGGGAGAUUCGCAAGAAGGCAAAGUGUUGAAUGGUUUAGAUGCUAGACAUAAUGAACAGCCUUCAGAUCCUUAGUUUGAUAAAUGAGAUUCGAUUAAGGAAGCAAACGCUGCGUAAAAUUUUUGAGCAAUUAACAUGGGCUCAAACUUCACCAGCAACUGUUAUCUUCUUUCAACUUUAGUUGUCGAUGAUAUAAAAGUGAACAAAAAAAGUUGUCGAUGAUAGGAAUAUACAUCUCAUCUGUUAGGUAAAAGCAGAGGAAUGCUCAGAACAUUUGGAGCAAUGAACUUGCGAAAGCAAUAGCAAUAAUAGAUAUGAUGGUUUUGAUAUAA